GUUGAGGCAACGGUUCCAAAAAUAUUUCAGAAACUGAGUGAAGCAUUUACAGUCAUGGAGUUUGAUUGCUCAAAACCUAUAACAUCAUCUUGUGGAAAAACCCAGGUUGAAUUUACUGAGCCUGGGAUAUGCCAUGGCUUUGCACUAUGGAUUGAUUGGGUGAUGGAUUCAGAGAACUCCCUUGUUGUGUCUACAGGGCCAGAGAAGAGAUAUUGGAAGCAAGGAGUAAAGCUUCUGGCUGAGCCUGUGGCAGUUAGAACUAACGAAUCAAGAAGUACAGGUGAAUGCCGGUCUGCAGUGAUUCAAGCGUCGUUUGACCCAUCAAGCGGCGACCUCGACGUCAGACAUGCUUUCUCAUAGCCAUGUCAAGCGGAACCUGCCUCUACAUCAUUUGAACCAUGAAGUGAUACCUGCACUCUCUUAGCCUCUCAUACUGUGGUUCUCCUGUGCUGUUAUUGUCUCAUGUUUUAGGAUUUUCUUAGAGUUCAUGAUCUAUAACUGAGAGUGUAAUCCCAAUUUUUUUAGGGUUUGCACCCUUGAUGCGUGGAUCGAUUGGUUUCUGUUCUGGAUUAUGCUACUGUUAGUAUGAUUAACGAAAUAGACAAUAUAUUUUAAAAAAAUUAUGCAAAUAUUUAGUAGUAGA